AUUGAUCAACUGAUGGUAGAUGAAAUGAUGAAAAUAGCUGAUGUGGAGAGAAGAGCUGGUUCCGGUACAUUCUGACUUGAAUUGGAUUGAAGUUGUUGGUGAAUGUCGUGGAUUUUUGAAGAGAAGUAAGAUGCUAGGAUGUUACAGAAAUCAUCCCAUAAAUAAACAUUUGUGUUUACGAAUCUAACGUGUGCGUUUAUGUUUACUAAAAAACAACAUUUUUAGGGACGUUUUCACAGCGCGGUGACGUUUGUGUUUUUACGUCGUUGCUAAGCAACGCGGGUUUAGUCUGGAAGAAUUUCUUCGUGAUCCGUAAUCAUGUCCCGGGACUCUGAUGCCCCCCCUGCUCCGGUGGCCUUCGGCCGGUGGGCCGUCCCGCUGCUGGCGGAGCAGCUGCGGCUGCCGGGGCGGGACGUCCGGCUGCGGGCCCUGGCCGCCCUCAUCGACGUGCUGCGUCAGCCGCUGCGGGGCCCCGAGGCCCUAACCGAAGGUUUUCUGCAGCAGCUGAAGGUCCUCCUGGAGGAUGAAGAUCCAUGUGUCAGAGCAAAGGUCUGCCAGCUUCUGCACGUGCUGGCGGCUCACACCUGUGGCAGACAGGCCCUGCUGGCUGCCUCCUUCCUGCCCCCCCUAUCUCAGCUGCUGGAGGACCCCCCCUGCAGGAGGACUGUGUUUCUGCUGCUGAGCCGCCUCUCGCUACACAGCUCGGGAAGGGUGUCUCUACUCACUCUGCUCCCUAAACUCAUGAAGAAGCUGCAAGAGGAGGAGGAGGAGGAGGAGGACGAGGUGCAGGUUCUGUUCCUGUCUCUCCUCAGGUGCUGCUUCCAGGCGGAUCCUGAGGCGGCUCUGCGUUCUGACGCUGUAGCCCUGCUGGCGCCAAAACUCUCCAACGGCGCCCUGAACAUCUGCAAAGCAGCAGCAGCAGCCAUGAUGGCUCUCAGCGUUCCCAUGGGCGGGAAGGUGGAGGUCUGUGACCAGAAGGUUCUUCCUGCUGUGGCGGCUCUUCUACAGGAGGAAGACGAGGAGGCUCAGCUAAACGCUACAGGAGUCAUCAUGUUUGCCGCCGUCACCACUGCAGGUAAGCUGCAGUGCCUGCACCUAAACGUCCUCCCUGUCCUCCUCAAGCUGGCGUGUGACAGACAUGAAGAUGAGGACAUGAGGCGGAGAAGGAAACCUCUGGUCAUGAACUCCGUCAGGGGCCUGACCAUGCUGGCUGAAACUCCGGAGGGCAGGAGACUCCUGCAGGACCAGCUUCCUCUGCUGAGGAGAACCAGUGAGGAGGAGGAGGACGUAGAUAUUCAGCGUGUCUUUGAGACCGCCAUCCAGGUCGUGACGUUUACGCCUUGAAACAUCUAGAAGGGAUGGUGUCUGUGUGGAGGUUCUGUCUGUAAAAUGUUAAUAAAGAUCAGAAGUUGAAAAAGG